AGCAGAAAAUCGUCGAAACAAACUUCCUGCUCUCUGGAUAGCUCCCGUGACUUUACGAGCCGCUUCAGACGUUUUGAACACGAUAUGGACGGAUUGAACGUUCAUCAUGACGAGACUAAUUUUAUAUUCCCCCCGUACGGUACAUAGGUGAUCGGUAAAAUUAACGAACGUCGAAGGACACCUAUUUCCGAGGAAAUUUUCUGUCAAUGACAAUGAGUAGUUUGUCAUUUUUCUUUGAGCUCCCGAAAGGCAAAAAUAAUCGUCGAUUGAGCUUGUAGAAUCCUCGGUGUUAUGUUUUCCGGAUUCAUUGGGUGUCCUAGGAGCCCAAACUUCUCAUACCGACGGCCUUCACAGUAUUUCACACGGAAUUCGGAUGAUCGACGUCGAACUGAACGUGUCGAGUGACGCUAUACCAGAAAAAAAUGAAAUACAACAAUAAUAUGAGCGUAUUCUCCAUAAAAUGCGAGUUCAGUCCGUUCAUGAACCUGCGGGGACGGUUGUACGACAAGAGAAAAGAAAUUAUCAACAAACUGUCAUUCCUCAUAGUUAGAAACACGACAUUCAAUAGUCAAAUUUCAUUCAUGUCCUGUGAUCACAAGAGUUGACUAUUGUGCAUUCGAAUAUUCAGUUGACCAGAUUUCGUUCAUACGCCGUCUGAAACGGCACAUUUGGAGCUCAUAGGGGCACGGAAAAUAUCAAGAGACCAGGAAACCUGAAGAGGUUGCACUGCGACAUUUGAUUUUUCUUGAUGUUACAUUGAUCAUUAAUGCGUCAAUAUGGAGAAGGAACAUCUAAGUGGAGGAGGAAACCCCUGCGCUCUUUUGCUUUCCGGAUACUUCCCAUGUUUCUACGAGCUCUAAGCGUUCCAUUCAAGAUGUUCAACAUGAUAUUUGGAGGGGAUUAAUUCCCUCAAAGCCCCCUCUUUUAUUAAUUUUAAAGAGGCUAUCAACAGGUGAUUGUAACGAUAGAUUAAUCAUGAAGAUUUGAAGAUCUCCAGUAUUAUGGGUAAAUCUACGUGGUACAAACGCAAUGAGCGCUGGAGGAGUCACUACAGGACAAGCUUACUCAUAUGGGAUAACGUAUCUUAUCACUGAUAGUGAUAGAGUAGAAUUUGGUGUGGCGUCGGAAAGAUGAGAGAUCUAUGAUUUGAUAACAAUUACAACAAUAGAUUGUAUCGAGGGUCCGGAGGACUAACAACAUUAAUUGAUCGGUGAUCAAAUAUCGAAUUGAAAUGAAUUUUAUGAUAUUCGUCGCCCUCGUAGGCGUAUCUCUGGUGAAAGCCCAGGAGAACGCGCAGAGCAAAGUAUCUGAUGGACUUUUGGAGUGUUACAACAAUACGUUUGCGCUAUUGAAGGAGAACCGGCUACCUCAUAACAUGCAUGCCUUCAUCGCGAUCAUUCGAAAGAUCGAGGAAAAUCCUGGAGUAAACAUGGACUUGCGCCAACUGUCAGUGGCAUUAUUGCACAGGUUUCGUCAGGAUGGAAUUAUCAUAAGUCCAGAAGCUUUCCCUCAGGAAGGCGUGACCCCCUAUGGAACGAAAGGACUACAAUCUCACAGGCACACGCAAAUGCUGAGGAUGAUCCCCGGAAAUGCUGUGACAUUCAAUAACAAUAGUAUAACUUUAAUAGAAAGGUGUACCCUUCACUCGAUGGUGUCCAGCUCCAUUGACACACUCCACCGUGAAGAUGAGUCCUCCACAUGUCGUUUAGAGAAUCUCGACUACCGUUUGCCACGCGUCAAAAGGAGAAGUCUUCGUUCCCGUCGCCAUUCCCAAAAGCCACCUAACGACGUCGAAACUCUCACCCCAGAGGCGAUUGAGGAUCUUAAAAAGACCAGUAGAGAUGCCGACUCUUUUGAUCCAAACUCCUGGUAUCCACCACUUCCCUCCAACCACCCAGACAGUGCUCGCUACCAGACACCUACAGAGACUAGUAAAUGUCCCUCAGAAUCAGGUGUCAUUGAAACUGAUUGGGGAGUAGUCUCCGGAGGACCUCUCCUCGCUGGAAUAGCCGCAGCUGUGCAGCCUCAGAACGUCAGGAUUAGCGAUUUAAUGAGAGCUGAUUGGGAAAAUAAGGGUUCACUCUCCUCUAGUAUCACCUUGGAUAAUAAAUGGUUAGCGACAUUGGCAGGCGACUUGGUAGAAGUUGCACUUCGUCAAGGACCCAGCAAGGAACCAUACAAGAUUGGAACCCCAGGACAUUGGAACUCGUCCCAGACUCCCAAACACUACUUCCUUAAUACGGCUCAAGGAUUGGAAUUUACUGGAGCCGAAGUCCGAGGGGAUCUUGAUGGCCUUAUCCUGGCCUCAAACAUCGCUUCAUGGUAUUCAAAAAUUCCCACAUUGAAACUCUCCCAAAUAUUUGACAUGUAUUACAACGAUCGAGGUGUCUUCAAUGACACAAUCAGAGCCUGUAAUCGAAGAAAUUUACUGACCACCGUUGCUCCCAACGACACCACUUGUGCCCAAACUUAUCGAGCAGCAGUGGUCCUCAAUUCGAACACCAAAUUACCCAUUGGAACAGUCUCAGAUGAAAAAGUCGAAGAAUUUUCAGUUCAAGCUGUCAACGAACUGUUCAAAUUUAUCCCGUCCUCGAUGAAUAAUGACAAAUCUUGCAGCCAGACCAAUCCAACUAAGAAUUUAUUCCAUCGAAUGGCUGUGGACCUAACGAUUAUUUUGGACACCAAUUGGCCAUUCGCAUCUAUCAAACCAAUUUUACACAACAUUUUGGAAAAAUCCGAGAUAAACAGAUUUGCGAGCAAUUUCUCAGUGAUUAAUGCAGCUAAUGGCUCAACAAUAUUCAGUAGCUCUCACAGUAUUCUCGAUUUUUAUGCAUUUAAUGAAAGCAGUUAUAAAGCUUUGAAGCGUGGAUUCGAUCUACCAAAAUCGUUAGAUGUGUUGAAAACUUUAGAGGGACAAAAAUUAAAUGCUGAGAGGGAAAAAAAUGUGGGUGGCGGAAGGGCUGAGGUAGUGUUAAUUGUUCCAUGGAGUAGUUCCUCACUUUCCGUCAUCGAUAAAGAAUAUUCGUUGAAAAAAAUUUGGGAAAUGAGAGAGGAAACGCCGGAUGUUAAUAUUUUAUUCAUGACUGCUGGAUUUAAGGAAAGAUGGACGGAUUUGGUGAGAGAGGGACAGGAUAUCGUUUCUGUGGGAACUGGCACGAGAAAAGAGGCUGUUGGGCCGAUUGAUGAGCUUGUGAAUCGAAUGAAGAGAAUCCCCAAACGUUUGAUCAACUCGCGGUGUGGAUCGGAUUAUUCUGGUGGCGAAGGAGCAGCUGCAUUUGAAGAUUAUUUGGAACCUUCUGGAGUUCAGUUUUAUAGACUACAUCCGAAUUAUUUUUAUAAAACUGAUGAGAGUGAUACACCUACUGUGACGGUUCAUGGGGUGAGUGGCGUCAAUCUGAAUGUUUGCUCGUCGAGGAAUCCUUUGAAUAUUAAUGCCAGUGAAUCUACAACCUGCGUUCCUGUCAAUGGUGGUAGUCAUAGUUUUCCUGUCAACUGUGUGGGAAAUGAAUACAUUCAUAACUGCAAUCCACUUCAUUUGUCGAUUACUGUUGGAAACAAAACCAAUGGAGAAUCUUAUUCUUGUACAGAUGCAAAAUACUGCCGAUUUCCGGAUAUGAUAAAGAUAUCCUUUUCUUAUGAACAAUUGGUUUGCACUAGUGAUACGUCUUCCAUAAUAUUUUCGCCUCUUCUGAUUUUAUUAUUAACAGUUUCAAUUAUUCGACUUCAUUAAAUUUUGUUCGCCAGUAGAACCGCGCUCCAAUAUUUAUACCUCGAAUUAAACGCUUCACACGUCGAUCCC